GUGAUUUUGAAGAAAAUAAAUAAUCAAUAUUAAUAAUUAUUACCCUUUUGAAGAGGAGGAAUAGAAUCCUCACCACCCUCAGACAACCUCCGACUCUACUCUCUCAUCUCCCCCCAACCUCAGACUCAUUUCGAAGCUCAAAACACGAAGCCAUGGACAGCCUCAGAGCCUCACCGCCCUUCUGGCCGCAGCCGCCCAUCUCCGCCCCUCGCCGGCGGCCCUCCUCUCCCCUUCUAACGCCGCCGAUACUCAUCAUCCUCCUCCCUCUCCUCGCCCUUAUCCUCUUAUUCUUCCUAAUCCCACCAUUCAUCUCGGCCUCCUCCCAAAUCCUCUCGCCCACCAAGGUGAAGGUGAAGAAGAGCUGGGACUCUCUCAACAUGCUCCUCGUCCUCUUCGCGAUACUCUGCGGGAUUUUCGCCCGUAAAAAUGCCGACGACGACAACAACAACAAUAACGCGACGAAAGUGCCGAGCGGCGUCGAAACAGCUCGUGAAUUGGAAAACGAAAGGUGGUACGAGCCAGGCGACACGAAGAUUUAUGACGCUGUUGCGAUCGGAGCGAACCGGCUGCGUAGGAACAGUAGCUCUUACCCGGACCUGCGGCAAGAGCACCCGCCGGAAAAUGCAUCGGUUUCCAGCGAUGAACCUUUCCGGUUCUUUGACGAUUUCGAGAUAGACAAGUACCGGGCGCCAGAGUUUCGGCCCGCGCCUCUCCGACGAUGGCGGAGCGCCAUUGACGAGUCUGACAUUAAGGAGAUUCCGGUCGAUACUUUUGUUACCCGUUCCGUGACGCCUCCAGCAUCUCCUGCCCCACCACCGGCACCAAAGUCGCCGGCUGCGCCACCUCCACCGCCCCUUGCUCCUCUGGCUUCUCACCGGAAGCAGAGGCGGACGUAUGAGGCUGUUGGAACUCCACAACAACCACCACCGACUGCUCCUCCGCCGCCGCCACCCCCGCCGCCGCGACCUCCUCCAUCGCCGGCGCCGUCGUUUGUUAAACAGGAGCGCAGGAAGAGUAACACGACUAAGGAGAUAAAGAUGGUUAUCGCCUCCGUACUGCGUAACCAGAAGAAGAGGAGGAAGAACCAGAAGAGCCGGACGAUACUCGAACACGCCGAUCAGGGCCCGCCGGAAGCCCCUCAGUCCUUCACUAGACCGCCGCCAUCUCCUCCACCACCGCCCCCGCCUCCUCCUCCGCCGUCGUUCUUCCACAGCCUGUUCCGCAAAAACAGCCAGAGCAAGAGGAUCCAUUCGGUUUCUCAACCGCCGCCCCCGCCGCCUCCUCCACCUCCACGACCUUCAUCAACGGCGGCGCGGCAGUCGAAGCGGAAGAAGCAGACCUCCGCUCCUCCGCCGCCGCCAGCGGCGCCAGUUCCGCGGCCGGAACGUUCUCAAAGGAGAGACGUCGGACAGGCCGGCAAGCCGCCGUUGCCGACGAAGGCGAGGAUCAACGCGGAGCGGGAGGAGAGCUUAAACUUAAACAGCGGGAGGAGCCAGUCCCUGCCGAUACCGAUACCGAUACCGAUACCGCCGCCGCCGCCUCCGCCGUUCAAGCUGCCGGAGCUGAGGUUCGUGGCUCGCGGAGAUUUUGUCCGCAUACGGAGCAGCCACAGCUCCCGAUGCAGCUCGCCGGAGCUAGAGGACGCCGACGAUCUCUCAACAACGGUGACGAACGAUGAUGCAUCGGAGUCCGUCGAUGGAACGGACGGUGGAGAUGGAGGAGGUGGGGCCCGUGUGUUCUGCCCCAGCCCGGACGUGAACAUCAAGGCCGACAGUUUCAUUGCAAGGCUUAGGGAUGGGUGGAGGCUUGAGAAGAUCAAUUCCAUGAGAGAGAAGGAAAAGGUGGGCCCCAGCCCAAGCCCAAUCGGCCCAGGUUAAAAGUUUGAAAAUGUAAAAUAAGUAAAAAAAAAAAGUCUCAUUUUCCCUCCAAAAAAUUCACCCCCCCCCCCCCUAAAUUUAUUGGUUGAUUUGGUUUGAUUCAUACAUACACCACACAAAAAAGGAAAAACUUGAUCAACUCGACACAUGUAUAAACUAAAGUGACCACACCCGCACACUAAACAAAAUUCUUGGAAGUCUCAUCAAACCUGCGAGUUUGAUCGAUUUUUGUUUUUUACUUCAAACACCCUUCUUUGUAUACACGAUGAUGCGAUUGAGGAUUAUCCGAGUCAGUCACCCUAUUUGGUAUGUAGUAGCUCUAAGCUAUUUUUGAGGCGAAAAGAAGUGUUUUGAAGUUAGCAUCUUAUGGGAUCUCAUCUCAUGGAUUGCAUUGUGGAUUGUUGUAGUUUGAUAAAAUGCAGAUGUGGUCUCGGUGAUUUACAUGGGAUGUCUCACUGCCUGUAUGGCACGUAAAUAUAGUGAAUGGUUGGAACUCUGGGUGUCUUUUUGGUUCAACUCUCAGAGCCGUGCCAGUUCAAAUGGUUUGAUUUGGCGGAUUGUUAGACUGGUGAAGUGUUAGUAGCAAAGUGGGUAUAGGAGUAUGAAUACGAUGCCGAAAUUUUUAUGGCAUUGGAGGCUCCAACUGUAGUUUUUUGUUCCCCGACUAGAGCCUGACCUACUGGAGUUUCACGGUGUGAGUUGUAUUUCUUGGCUUGAAUUGUUUGAUGAAGAUAUGCAAAAUGUCAUGACUUAGGUUGUACUAUACAUAUAUGGGGGUCUAGUUGUGAUUUUUAUUGCCAACCUAUGGCCCCAUUUUGUAUUUUGUAAGACAUGUGGGUUUGGUUUGCAAAUAAUUAUAUAGUUCUAUGCUUCUCA